AUGUCGUUAUCUCAUAGACAUAUACGUGGUAGGGUUAAUAAUUUUAAUCCAUUACAGCCUCGUAGAAGGCCGCGUAACAUUAGGAAUAGUAAUAUUCGUCCUAUUCGUCCUAUUCCACCUACACGCUCACCUCCAAGACCGCCAACACCUCCUAUGCCUUCUAUAGAGCAUACUGAAUGUUUCUAA